AUGUGGAGCGGGAAGGGAAGAGAGGAUGGAGAAAUAUUUGAAAAAUGGACGCCACCAGAUUUAUCAAUACCAUCACAAACGGAAUUUCGUAUUCCAAUCGGGACGAAGCAGUUUAGACUAAUAUGUCCUGUCAAGGAGAAGAACGAUGACCUUUUAAUGAUUCAGUGGAAGAAAAACGACGAGCCAAUUGGACUCGACUUCAACAAUCGCUUUAAAUUGACGCGAUCAGAUCGUGAACUGAAAAUUCGUAAUCCUCAACUAUCUGAUGGUGGAAUAUAUCAAUGUCAAGUGGUUAAUGGAUUUGGACAUCGAGAAUUAAAUUUUACAGUAACUUUUUAUGAUCCAGCAGUGGAGAAUGAGCAAAAUACUGACAGCACACUUACACUCACCACUAACGCAUCUCCACCACUGUGGAAGAACGAAACAGAAAUUCGAAAUUGGAUGACAAAUCCAGUAAGGAUAACAAUUGGUGGAGCUUUAUUGCUAAAAUGUCCUGCAAAAGGAAAUCCACUGCCACACAUUACUUGGCUACGAGAUGGGAAGGCAUUAGAACGAGAAAUUACUUACCAUUAUUCCUCGGCGAUACUUUACCUAAGCGAUGUGCAACCCAACGAAGGUGGUAAAUAUGUAUGUAAACUAGAAAACGAACACGGAAGUAUCGAAGCGGCAUUUCACGUUUAUGUGGAAAAUUUCUUCGAAGGUUUGGAUGGUGAAAGCUGGUCUGUUGAUCAGACAAAUGCGCAACUUUAUCCAGUCAUUGAUGAACCUUUCAAUAACACUGUCCGAGUUGGUCGAACUGCCCAAUUCCAAUGUAGAGUAAAGAAUCAACGGCAACCACUUAUUAAGUGGUUGAAACGAGUGGAAGAUCCGAAUGCAAUUCGUCAAACAAAUGCAAAUGCAACAUUAAUUCAUGCAAACAACAUGCAUCUUUUGCUAUUAGAAAAACCGGAAACAAGUGCUGAACUAUCAGAUGGUGUAAGCUUAAAUAGGCUUAUCAUUCCCAAUGUACGAUAUGAGCAUUCUGGGACAUAUCUUUGUGUAGUAACAAAUGCUCAUGGUGAUAUCGCUUAUCGAUCAGCAUAUCUUCAUGUUAUUGCAAGGUCGGAUAAUGGAGUGUUAUCAAAUCUUUACUUUUAUGGUGGUCUAUUGGUGCUAAUUGUUGUAUUUACAUUAAUAACUUAUGCGGUUCAUUUCUUACGGAAAAAUCAGGCUGCUAAAAAUAGUGAAUCGGCACAAGGUAUCACAACUACCAGAUAUUCGUUUUCAUUAAGGCCCCCACCUCCGAAUCUUCCACCCCCGAAGGCUCCGGCACUACCUUCUGAACGGCAGCAACUAAUGCCGAAUAAUCAGCCUUGCGAUCGCUAUACGAUCAAUCCAUACUAUCCGCAGUUUGCUACUCCUGAUAAAAAAUUGCAAAAAAUAAUAACUCAAAGUGGUACACGUCCAACACCUAUCCGACGCACAAAUGGUGGUGAUAUAAAAUAUCGAUUAAAAGAUGAUUAUGUAAGUCCACCGAAAUGGGUGCAAAGUUGA